AUGGCAACUCCCGAGUCGCCUUUACACCUCAUCGUCAUCGGCGGCGGCCUCUGCGGUCUUUCAGCAGCCAUCGCAACCCGGAUCGCCGGCCACAAUGUCACAGUCCUAGAAACCGUACCAGCCUUCCGCGAGGUCGGCGCCGGCCUCCAAAUCACACCCAACGGCACACGCCUUUUGAAGGCCUGGGGUUUAGCUGAUACUCUAGGACCUCAAGCUGCUGCUCCCAAAUAUUUCCGCAUGCGCAGGUAUAAUGGUGAUUUACUUGCUGAACGUACCGCGUAUAUAGAGGAGAUAGAAGGGCGGUAUGGAUCGCCGCUGUGGUGUCUGCAUCGUGCAGAUUUACAGGCUGCGAUGGCGGAGAAAGCGGAAGAGUUAGGCGUUGUGAUAAAACUUGGAUGUAAAGUUGAGAGGGUGGAUUGGGGUAAGGAACAGGCCCGCGGGCAAGAACAAGAAGAAGCUGAGGUGAGCGUAAGUAUAGAAGGUGGUGAAGAGGUAAGAGGAGACGUUGUGCUCGCUGCAGAUGGUAUCUGGUCAGAAACUCGACAAAGUCUGUUAGGCAAGGAAGUAAGGCCGAAGCCUACGGGUGAUUUGGCGUACAGGAUCCUGCUAGACCGAGAAAGCAUCAAAGAUGACAAGCUGAGAGCUUGGCUCGACUCACCAGGUAUCAAUAUCUGGGUUGGCCCUGAGGUACACGCGGUGGGUUACUCUAUCAAAGGCGGUCGAUGGUUGAACGUAGUACUUCUGGUCAAAGAUAACUUGCCAGAAGAUGUAAUGAAAGCAGAAGGAGAUUUGGCUGAAAUGAAAGCAAUUUUUCAAAAUUGGGACCCUGUUUUGACUCGAUUCUUGGGACAUGUUGAGAAGGUUGACAAAUGGCGCCUGAACUAUCUUGAACCGCUGCCUUUCUGGAAAUCGAAGUCCGGCAGAUUUUUAUUAGCAGGCGAUUGCGCUCAUCCCAUGCUACCUUAUAUGGCUCAAGGCGCCAACUCUUCCCUAGAAGACGGCGCAACAAUUGGAGCCUUACUUUCCAAAGUGAAGAGAAGAGACCAAAUCGGCGCUGCGAUGGCCAUGUACGACUCAAUACGACGACCUAGAAUAGACCAGCUCGUCCAGGAGACGUUCAAGCAGGGCAAGGAACAUCAUUUAGCAGAUGGACCGGAGCAAGUCAAGAGAGACUUCUUGCUUAGCAAAUCUUUUGAGAAGCUAACAAGUGGCGAGAAGACCUGGACGCACCCUAAAAUCCAACCUUGGAUAUAUGGAUAUGACGCAUAUGCAGAGGUCGAAAAAGCGUACGCCCUGCAUCCUUUCUAG